ACCCUUUCCACGUCUAUCAUCUCUCUGUGCUGGUUGGGCGCAUACAUCUCCUGCUUCACUGUCAACCACCACCAUCCUCUUGCGUACGGUGUACAACUACAGCCGUACCCUCUUGUCACCGUCUACCUCUGGGCAGCAGUCAUUCAACCAGGAACCCGGAAACACAAUGCCAGAGUUCGUAUAUGCGCUACACGACUUUGUCGCAGAGCACGAGGACGAGAUCCCGUUCAGAGCGGGAGAAAGCAUAGAGAUCAUAGAGCGCGACGACGAGUUUGGUGAUGGAUGGUGGCAGGGAAGGAACCUCGCGGGCAAGACGGGUCUCUUUCCCCAGAACUAUACCACCUCCUCCCCGCCAUUCCCGAUGUCUGCUUCCAACCUCUCUCAGUUUUCUAACGCUCCCUCCGAGCCACCCGCAAUUGCCCUCUCCGUUCCCGGCGCCCCUGAAGGCUCAUCCCAGAUGGCACAGACGUUGGGCGACGUGCAGGAAGCGCUGGACCAGCUGGGUGCAGGGAGCAGGCUCACCCCGCAUGAUGCGGAUAGAGGGAGUGUGAGCAUCGCUUCUGGUACAGAUGACGAGAGCGAGCUGGAAGCUGAUCCCGAGAGCGCACGCAACUGGGGAAACAGACAGUUGUUGGCCGAGUCGGCUAGAAGGGAAUUGGCCGAGAGGCGUAUACGGGAAAUGCGCGAAGCCCAGGCACCGAUACCCAUCCCUCUGGCGAUGUCGGAUGAUAGCGAGAGCGAGGGGGAAGGGGACGCUAGGGAGGAGGACGAGCGUGAGGGUGCCCAGGCUGCUGUUAACGGCCUCGCCAGCCAGAGGACGAGCUUCCAGCCGGACACGCCGAGACUUGGUGCUCCCUUUGGAGGCACAGGCCAGAUCGGCAAUACCCGCCCGCUCGAAACGCAUUCCCGCCAGGGUUCAGCAGCUGGAAGUCUGGCCUCCCUUCCGAUCCCAGCACCGAACGCCUUCCCUGCGCAUAUGACGGUCCUCAGCAUGGACCAAGCACCAGAGCAAUCGAGCCCGGUGUCUCCACCUACUGCGACUUCUAUCACUGCGAUUCUUGAGAUACCUACUCAAGAAAUAGAAGAGCCGACCCCCAGGCUGGGUGAUUUCAACCGCACAAGAAUUGAAGGUGCGCAGAUACCCUUGCCUGUCUCGCCUCCGCCGCAAGAGGGACUCGCAGGACUCCUCCCUUCUUUCACCACCAUUCCUCCGCCUCCUGGUAACGUCCUUUCCUCCAUGCCACGCGCUCCAGCCAUUGUUGCGCCUCGGGAACCCCCACCGGUGCCUCUACCGACGGUGGUUGCAGCAUCUGCACUGGCGCCUCCCUUCCUUGAAUCCUCCGUGACUUCGAACAGCUCAUACGGCCCAGAGACGUACGCUGCACCAAUGCCGUCGCCUCCCCUAGCCCCGCCUCCUACCUCCCCGAUGCCUGCCAUUGCACCAUCCGACCAUCCUGCGGACCCGAACACCUGGUCUACCUCGGAUGUCCUUGCCUGGCUCUCUGCCAAGGGGUUCGACAGCACAAUCCGGGACAAGUUUGAGGAGCAGGAUAUAACAGGCGACGUGCUGCUCUCCCUGGACAUGGCGCUCCUGAAGGACGAACUGGGGAUCACUGUAUUUGGCAAGCGAGUCAGGCUGAACAACGCUAUCAACGAGCUGCGAAAGAGUGUCGCUCCUCCCGCCCCUGCUGCUGCUGCGCUGGGCCCUGCCACACCGGCAGGAACGCUCGGUGGAAGCCCAGGACAGGGACAAGACACUACUCCCGCAAAUGGUCAAACAAUCCCGCACGGACUUGUACUGAGUCCUGAGAGCGCCCCGAAGACGAACGAGAUGAACCCCUUAGAAUGGACCACGCCUUCUCUGACUGGGGCUACGACGGCGAUGCAAACGCCGAGCUCGAAGACUGACGAGUUGGUCGCUGCGGCGGGUUUAUCGGGGACGGCGUUGGUUGGUUUGGGGCUGGGAAGUCUCAACCGGGAGCGCCCUUCGUACCCCUCAUUUGGUGGAUCAGAUGGGACGGGCAGCGUGCGGGGUAAACGGUCGACCCUUGGAAGUAUAGACCCGAAUUUCAUUCCUGAGGAAGACGAGACGCGCGAGGGAAUAGAGACAUACGAGGCGGACCGGGGUUCUAUAGCAACCUCGAGGCACCAACUGACUGCCGAGCCUGGGGCGACCGAAACCGAGACCACCUCGGCCCCUGACUCACUCAAGCAUUCUCAGGCAAAGGAUACCCCUCCUUCGUCGAUCCCCCCUAGCCCAAGCAAGCGGGCAAGCGUGGACAGCCCGUCGUCCGCUUUCCCAACCGUCGCGGUGAGGAGAUCUGGGAGCGCGAAUGGGUUGAAGACCAAAAAGCAGAUGGAAAGCCAGAAGGACAGCAGGCUCAGUUUCUUUUCAGGUUCGUUGGGCAAGAAUAGGAAGCCGGCGCCGAGGUAUUCUGGUGAUGGUUUGCCGUCGGAUUCGUCCCCCACCACUGCUACCUCGGCCGUGUCCGAAAAACGCUCGCUAGCCCGGUACCUUAGUGGCUCAACCCACCGCAAGACUCCGUCUGUACAGAGCAACGUCCGUCACUCCUCUGGAACGGGUUCGAUCAGCAUCAGCUCCCCUAUCCCGAACACCACUAGCCCAACAUCAGAAACCUCCCACGAAGCUUCCCCAAAUGUUCUGCGGAAACGGCUUUCCUCUUCCCCAGGACAGAGCGAUGUGCGCUACAGUGUAAAUGGAGCUACUGGUGGACCGGCUAUGGGACCCACGUCUCCCAUCACGGAGAAGACAGAGAAUGCACUCGAGAAGAUCGGCAUUCCGGAUCAUCAAGGGUGGAUGCGCAAGAAGGGCGAGCGAUACAGUUCUUGGAAAAACCGGUACUUUGUGCUCAAGGACACGCAUCUGUACUAUUUGCGCAGCCAGACGGAAUCAAAGAUUAAAGGGUACAUCAACGUCACUGGCUACAAGGUCAUCGCGGAUGAGAAUGCGAACGUGGGCAAAUACGGUUUCCGUAUUGUGCACGAGACCGAGAAGCCGCAUUACUUCAGCUCGGAUGAGCAGGUCGUCAUUCGUGAGUGGAUGAAGGCCAUCAUGAAGGCCACUAUUGGACGUGACUACUCGAAACCGGUCAUUUCGUCCUGCCAUAUCCCCACUAUACCACUGGCCGUCGCACAAGCUAUGAGCCCUGCGCCUCGGCCCCCUUCGCCGGGCCAGCGAGAGGCCACACAGCGCGCUCUACGUCCCUCAAACCCUGACAAGUUGUCCGACAGGGACGCUGCCGUGCUAAUGCUUGCUGUGAAGGGCCAGGACCGACCGGGAGAUGAGAGGCUACGUGCAAGGGUUGAAUCGGUUUUCACGGUCGCAAGUGCGGAUAGCAAUGAUUUCAGAGAGGCGAGGAUUGCCGAGCCAGCAUCACCAGUGCCGCCCAGGCCGAACAGGGAGACCAGGUUCCCCCGGGCAAAAAAGUUGAGUGCACAUGACCAAGAACUGCUAGACUGGGUGAAUGCCAACCUGCCGGUGUCGACGCCCAAGUCUACCGACCUUGCUCAUUCAUUCGCAUCCGGGCUGGUGCUGUUCCGUUUGGUCGAGAAACUAUCUGGCAAGGUCCAAGGCGUACCAGACGCAUUGUUUAUGGCUUCAUUGGAUUCGGAGGACAGCUUUGAAGGAUUGUUCAAGUUGUUUGAUAUCAUGGUCGAGAAUGGAAUUUCCACUGCGGACGUCAGCAUGAGUGACGUACAUACGGGGGAUACCAAGAGCAUUGUGCAGCUGGUGCAGAGUGUGAAGAGGUGGAACGAUGCACGUUGAUAUUGGACAUGGCCUAUUGGAACUUUUGAGGAUGACUUUUUGUGACGAACGAUUACGAUGUGUUUUAUUGGCGAAUUGAAUAGUAUAUGGCUUC